GUGGUGGGAAGGGGAAGUCCAGAACACUAAUAUACGGCGGGAAGUGUGAUAUUUUAUAUUUUUGAGAAUGGAUAAUAGUUUAGAAAUUCUUUCCAAAAACUUAUUGGACAUAUUUGAGCAAUUAAAAUGUCCAAUUUGUCUAGAUAUUGUUGACAUUGCUAGAGAGUUAACAUGUAAGCAUUUAUUUUGUUCUAACUGUGUGGAAACAUACAAAAAAGGAAAGAAUGGUUUCAAUUGUCCAUUGUGCAAAAAAGAAAUAUCCAGAAAAAAGAUAUUAAGUCGUGAUACUGCUUUGGACUCUUUAUGUAGAGUCAUUAGGGGCUUGUGCGAUGAUAUAAAAGUACAUCACAAAACAGAUCUCAAGACGUUCUUCAGUAGAGUACCUAAAGGACCCAUAUUGUGUAACUUUACUAACAGAAAUGAAUCACUUGAUUUUAUUCCUGAGUCUUCUGAUGAAAUUAUAAUGCCAUCUACUUCGAAACAAGAUGUUGUUAAGAAGUCAUGCAGGAAACAAAACUUGAAUGAGUCUGAGUUUAGCAUUGAGACCGCCUCAAAUCCUAAUAAGCCUGAUAUACAGAAAAGCUUGCUCAUUGAAAAGAAGACAAAAACGAAACCCAAAAUUAAGUUAUCCCGCAAAAGAAACAAAGCAAAACAAGAUGAUUCAGAUAUCACUUUGAAGCCAAAACUUGCUUCUCGAAAUAAGGUUGCACAUAAAUCUUCAGAAAAAAAGAAAAUAUUGAAGUGGUUGCAUGAUACACAAAAUGAAUUUGAGAUAUUUAGUGACAGUGCACAAUAUGAGAAUUUGCAACAAAUAAAUUCCAGUGAAAAUCAACUUGCUAUUGAUAUAAAGGAGGAUGAAGUACUCGGUGAUAUUGAUAAAGAAAUAUCUAGUGGUAGGAAUGACACACCCGAUUUUUCUAAAGAACUAAACACUGAAAAUUACAAUUCAAAAGCAAAGAAUGCUUUUUUGGAUCAAUUGGAAAAUGAAAUGUUAAAAAAAUCUAGUUAUAUGAAGAAGGAGAGUACUAUACAAAAAAGUCUUAAUAGGAGUGAGAAUAAUAAGAAGAAUAAACCAAAAUCAUCUUGCAAGAACAUUAAAAAAAUUAAAACAACAAAAGUUGAAGAGGAGGUACCCAAAAAGUUGGAUAUACAACUCCUUUCUAUCCAUAAAUCAAAUGAAAACGAUGUACAAACUGAGAACACAAAUGAUUCUCUUAUGAAUAUAGAUAGAACCGUUAUAUUUGGUAAAACAGAGGAAGAAUAUUUAAGCAGAACAAUUCCUAAAAUGAUUGAACCGAAUGUGGUAGAAACCACUUGUCUGGAAAUUAUGAAUGAAAAAGAUAUCUAUCAGAAAGAUUCUGAAGCAAAUCAAGAUAAUGAUUCAGACAUAUAUGUUUAUCAAACACAACCAUUAUCUAAAGAAACUGUUGAUCCAAGAACUGAUAGAAAAAGUGUUGUUCUUAGGCUUACUCAAAAGUUAGAAACAAUUUUACAGCAGUUGCUCAAAGAAGGAAUUCAAAUGAAUGAGCUUUUUUACCUCUACCCUUCUUUCGAAGGUAUUUUUAAGAUAUUCCAUAAAUUGAAUGAUAAUAAAGCUUAUCAAUCACAUGAAAGUAGGAAUCAUAGAAAAUUUUCUGACAAACAAAAUCAAACAGAUUUGCUUUCUUUGAAUGGCUUUACAAUAACUCCAACUGUAGCCUACAAUUCUUUAAUUCAUGAAGAUGUUGCAACACAGACCACGGAUUUCUGUCUUGAUUAUCCCCAAUUUUCUCUAGAAAAAGUACUCAGAAACAGCACCCCUGCAGCUUCAUCUUCACAAAUUAUGGAUAUGGACACCCUAAGAAAUGUUGAGAGUGGAAAAAAUCCAAAAUCAAAAAAACCAAGUCAAUCGAACUUAGAACUCCAUCAACAAAGUUCAAUGUCCAAAUCACAAUUUGAAAUAGCUAACAUACAAAUGAAAUCUUCUUCAUUGAAUGAGUUUGAGUUUGAGAAGCAAAUUUCAGUUAAUGCGAGCGUGAAUAAAGGACAUAAUGACAUUUUGGUCGAUAACAUUUUUGAGCAAUGCAAUACACAACACAAUGUUUCCUACAAUCACCCUACGAUGAGAAAAACCUCAAAUCGAACACAAAUGAACUCAAAUCAUUCUUCAUCAAGACUCAAAAAUUAUUCUGAUAAAAGUAGAUCAAACUCAAGAGUGGGUAUAGAUAUAAGUCAAGGAUCUGGUAUUAUGCGUAGUGUUCCUCAAUUAAGAGUAAGUCGUAGGCUUAUAUUCGAGAACACAAUGAAGGAAAGGACUGAGGUGGAGCAAAAACUUAAGAGAGAGAGAACGAUGGACUCAACAUCUGAUUCUGAUGAAAAAAGGCCAUAUAAAGUUAAAUUUUCCAAAAGUUUACAUGAUAAAAGCCAGUGUUCAAGGUAUUCUGAUGUGGAAAUGAAAGAGAUUAAUCAGGAGCAUUCAGGUGUUGAAAAGAGGUCAGUUUCUCCUGCAAACAGUGAAAAAUUCAACACAAAGACACACCAGUCAGAUGAAGAUACAAAAGCUGAUGCUUUAAUGAAAUAUUUUGAUGAACUCAUUGAAAAAGCUAACCAAGAAAUUUUAGAAGAAGAUUUGUUGUCCAAACAAAAGGAGUUAGAAUUAUCACAAAUAUUAUCAGAAAACGAUAAACAUAACACACAUCAUGAAAUACUCAACCACUCUGUAACUGAAAGACAAGUUAAAACUCAACAAGAUAUUGAAAGCAUUGGGACUCAGGAUCUCAAAUACUAUGAUAAGUUAAUUGAAAAAGAUACUAGACAAAUAGAAAUCGAAAAUGAUAAUCAACACAAAGAAAAAUUAAUAAGGGACAACUAUAAAGAAAGUCCAAUAGCAUCCAAACAUAAUAAUUGUCUUGAGGAAGAGGAAAAUGUUGAAACGAAAAGAAAAUUAAUAAAAACCCAAGAUCUUUUGGAUGAUUGUAAUAUAUUAAUUGCAAAUACUACAAUGGAAAUACGAAGAAAUGAAAUGAGCUCUUCGCAUAAGGAGAAUAAUACUCAAUCUCAAAAUGAUGAUGAAAUUUGUUGUCAAAAUAUGUAUCAGUUAGACAAUGUUUUAGAGAAAGGAAGUAGAAGAGAGGUGCUAUCCAGAGAUGAAUUUUCAAAAUCAUUUGGAUCUUGCAAAGAAAAUUUAACCAAGCAGACAUCAUCCAUAGAAAAUAAAACAACAAAAUCAAACGAUUUAUUUUAUACUGCAAGACGUAACAACUCACAAGAAGAACGCAAAAUUAGAAGAAAAAAGAAAAAUGCUCCCAGAGCGGAUGGAGAUAAUUCAGUUGCAGACGUAGUAGACACUUCUCCGAAAUCACUUAGUUUCUUAGAGAGGCUCAGUUGUUCCCAAAAUGUGAAACGAGAUUCCAAAAUGUCAUUGCAAAUUGAAGAAGAUAUCAAAAAUACUCCUGCGAUUAUGAAUAUUAUACCACCUCCCGGAUUUGACGAUGAAAUCCUUAUAGAAGAAAAAGUUAAUCCAAAUACACAAAGCAGCGAAGGGGGCUCUGAGAGUGGUAUACCCAAUUCAAUAUCUCCACAAAAAUUCAAAGUGCCAUCAAAAAGAAAGCGAUUAGUUGCAGCUAAGGUGAAAACUGUAAAGUUUGCUGUGCCCCAAGAGUUGACGACACAUUGUAGAGAAGAAUCUAAGAAUCUCAAUGAAAAAAAAAAGGUCAGACAGUCGAUAUUUUCACCUUUAACAAUUGAACCCAAAACCAGUGCAUCGGUGUUAACUAGUACAUUGAAACAAAAAAGUAUUUUGAGUUAUGCAAAACCAAAACUAUCACAACAAGCAAGCACUUCAACCUCACAAAAACCUAAACCCUGCAUUGCUUUCACUAGGCUGAAUAACGCAGAAACAUCAUGUGUACAUUCUUUAUGCAAUAGAAAUUUAGUUACACGUCAAGAUCAGUUUGGCCCUGAUGUUACUCAUAUGAUUGUUUCUGUUGACAAACAUAAUAAUGUAAAAUAUCAUACCAUUAAAUUCAUAUCUGCUAUUGCUGCUGGAAUAUGGGUGGUCAAUAUAAAAUGGGUGCAAGAAUGCUUAUCGCAAAAUUGUAUUGUGGACGAGGAACCUUUUGAAGUAUUUGAUAUAACUGGAAUACCAAGUCCAAGUAUUUCACGACUUACCCGUGUCGUCAAUCCACUGCUCAAAGGAUUCAAAUUUUAUGUUCCACGUUCAUUUGCUCAGGCCAGUGCUGAAGACGUCAAGAAUAUCAUUCUUUCAUUACAAGGCGUUGUUGUAUCUUCGAUAGAAGAAUUGGUGGACAGAGGGGAUUAUACCUGUAUCAUUAUAUCUGAACUUGUGGAUUCAAAAGAUUACGACCAAUACGAAGAUUGGCUGUCGGUCUAUAAAAUAUUGACAGUUGACAUUAACUGGUUAAGCCUUUCGGUGAGUCGUUAUAACAUACACAGCCUUAGGCCUUAUCUUUUGUGCUCAGAUGAUUCUAUCUAUGAAUUGGGUUACCCAUCUGAUUUAGUUGUGGAUGUAGCACCUUGUUUGACCCAAAAUGAUGAACCAUUUUUUUGAGUAAUAUUUUGUGUAUGAAUUUGAAGACUUCAAAUUUUUAAGAAAUUUAUUUUUGUUUUUGUUUGUGAUGUUAUGUGAUAAUUUUUUAUUAAUGACCCAAGAUUUAGUUUAGUUUAUUCGAAGUUCAAGAUUCUUAGUAAACUUCUCUGUUUCAAUGAAAAGUUGAAACGUAAUUAAUCUGCGCGAAUCACCUGUUGAAUAAAAAUAUCAUUGUUUUUGUUUUUGAAUACAUUUUAUUUAAUGUUUUGUAGGAAUUUUUAUAUACAUUUUUUAUGU